CUUAAUCCACAACAGGCUUGCACAGAAGUUCCUCUUGUAUGUAUUUAACUGAGGCAAAAGACUAUUUGCUCUUGUGCAAGACCAUCUUUUCAUUUUUAGUUGGGAACUUUUCUCACUUGAUCAGCCGAAGAGAGAUGGAAAGAUUUCUGUAUCUCAUCUGCUUGAUCUUCUUGUCAGAUGCAGAUACAACCGAGGAUGUUACUGUAGUAUAUGGCAUUGAAGGGAAGCCCAUCUCCAUCAACUGCUCUUACAACCUCAAAGAGAACCAGUGGAGGGAGAAAAGUUGGUGUAAACACAUCAGCGAGACAAAUUGUCAGCAUGUUGUUAGUGCCCGGCGGUUUUGGAUGCCAUUCCUCAAGAGGAGAAAUGGCACCACUGCCAUUGCUGACAAUAUCCAUGAAGGGAUCCUUACAGUGACCAUCAACCCACUCAAGAAAAAAGAUGCUGGUCUGUACCAAUGUAAGACAGACUUCCUGGGGGUUGUGAAUACUCUCCAGAAAGUGAAAGUGAACGUCCUAACAGACUUAUGGGAGGCUGAAGCACCAGAAGAGCCCAGAGUGGAGCAAAGCAUCUCCAGCACCCCAUCAGAUCCAGAAGUCAAACUUCACAUAGUUGUGGCUGGACUCCUGGGUGUCAAAUUCUUGAUUGCUGUCCUCAUUCUAAUUAUUGCCCGAAGCCUAAAGAAUAGAACAACAGAAGAUGAAUGCAGAAGAGAAAAUGAGCACCAGCUCUUCCCAGUUACAGGAAAUGGCUAUCACAGCUGAAGAUAAUGGAAGAAAGGAAACCAACAAGUAAGACUUCGAAGGAAGAUAUAUGUAGAAGUGGAUCCAACAAGCAAGACCAAAAAAAAAAAAAGACUUUCCACAUCCACUGCAAGAACUGCUCUGGUUUUGCCUGCUUUGCCCUGGCAUCUCACAGAAUACUAAAAAUAAACUUAAGUGGCUGUCA